AAAACCAAAGGAAGAAGAACUCCCAGUGUGCACUGCUGCUGUGUCCAACAUUACAACACAACUAAAACGCUCAAUGAACUCGACGCUGGAGGUGAGUCUUUCAGCAGUGAAUUGUACACAGAUAACAAAUCUGGCAAAUACUGUGUGGCCUUGAGACUCUCCAGGAUGAGCGGCCUGCGGACCAUCCUGAGCUCCACUGCGAUGGUCGUAGUCCUGGGGGUCGGCUUUGGGACGUGGCUGAUGGUUGUCCCGACAGAAGACAGGCGGAAAAAUCUGAUCAAGAAUCUACCUGAAUCGAACCCGGUGAGAAUGGAAGAGACGAGGAAGAGGAGCGCUCUGGUGAUGCAGGCACUCAAGGAUGCUGCUGAAACCAACGACAAUAUUGUAAGAGGAUUCGGCGGAACUGCAAAAUAAACAGGCAAAGCUCUGUGACCUCUUUGCAAAGGCUGGCAUGCAGGGACACAUCGUGCUCAAAGAAAGAUGGACAUUGUAUUAUUUUACAGGGAGGUUUUCUAAUUUGCAGCUCUAAUAUCAUUAUAUGUACAAUUUACCAUUGGAUUAAAACUCUCCGAACACAACCACAUCUUUUCAUUUUUAUUAAAAGCUGAAUGAUGAUCAA